UAAUUGUCAAUCUUGCAACUUCACUGCUGUGUUGUAAAUUAUUCAGCUAUGCGAUGAAUCUUAAUUUUCUAAUGUGGGUUGUAGUUAUUUCGAUGGUUUGAUGAAUGCUGUUAAAACGUCCGAGUGACUUGUUUCAAGAUUGUGAAGUUUUAUUUCGCCGGCUUUCAAAAGGAUUCCCUUAUCGCAAAUUUCGUCUUUGAUGUAAUUGACACUCUAGUUCUGCUUCGCUUGUCUCUCGAGGGGUUAAAAUUAUACUCAAGUUGGGAAUAUCGUUUGAAACAAGAGUCCUUUUAAAAUGCCAGUCCCUGGAUACCGUAAAACCUUUCUGAUGACAGGCGAGUCACGAAUGAUUCCCGCUGCAAAUGAGCAAAACUCUAAUCCCUUUACGGGAACAGUUCGUAGCAACUUUCACAUUGAGCAUUUAGCUUCGUUCCCAUUGUCGCCAGGAGACAGAGUUGUUUCUGCGAAAGAGCGUCUACAAAAGGCUAAGGAGUUGAUUACAAAGGGCGAGCCAUGGACGAAAGAGAUGGAAUUGUCCAUCACGGACAACGAACUGGUUCUACGAGACACUGAAACUCAGGAACUAAUUGAAAGAUAUCCUUUGUCGCAUAUUGACUCAGUUCAAGACAUCAACGACGAUCCCAUGCUAAAGAGUGUCUUAGUCUUCUCAACCAUUCAAACACCGGAAAAAUACGCUGCCGUUCAUCUCUUUCAAUGUGACAAAGUUCCCGCAAGCGUUAUUGCUCCAGAGAUUAACACAAUGAUGUCCAAACCACGGGAAAGUCCCAAACAGAAUGGCCAAGCACAUGGCGUACCAGUCCUACCUCCACCACCUGUAGAACCAGCACCAUUACCACCUCAGGAAAUGAUGGAUUUAAAACAGCGCUCUCUCGUUGCCCAGGGCGUCGCAGCAUUUCAAGCUGCGGUUGCGGCCAAAAAGGAAACACCCGUACCCAGGCCCUCUCAAUCUCCGACCAAGAUCAUUCAAGGUGAGCGAUACGGAGAGCAUUCGUCACCAGACCUCAUGGAAGCUUAUAUCAACCGCGAUGUGCAUAUCCUAAACCACUGCAUCGAUGACAUCGAAGAACUCGUUUAUCGCGUCAAGCAAGUCGCAGAGUCGUGGAAACAGUUGGAGACUAAAUACAAAAACAAAAAAUCCAAGAAUCGAAGACAGGAAGCCGAGGCCAUUGAAUCACGUUCACCAUCACGAGAAGAAUUCAUCGAUGCCUUUCAAAAGUGUAAACAAUCUUUCAUUCUUUUGGGGAAAUUACGACCUCACAUACAAAAUCCAAGCGCCCCAGAGCUCGUUCAUUAUCUAAUUAUGCCUCUAUCGCUGUUGGUUCGUUGUACUCGAGGGCCAGAAGAAGCCAGUAAAGUUAUUAACCCGCUCAUGACAUCAGAAAGUAUCGAAUUACUACGGAGUUCAUUGACAUCAAAAGAGACUGAACUUUGGCAGUCUCUGGGGCCUGCCUGGACCUUAUCAAGGAGCAGCCCUCAUUGGAACAACUUUACCAUGGCCGCUUACGAACCGAAGUUCAAAAGUGGUUGGGUGCCCCCGGAGAUUGUUGGCACUGGCCGUAGCGUGCCUCAGGAAAUUAGCGCAGCUGUUGCCUCGGUCGCGUCUGCCAGUGCUGUUGCAAGAUCCUCAAUGAAGAAGGACUCAAGAGAAGAAGCGAGGACAAAUCCCACCGUAUUGUCUGCAGCGUCAAAGUUUAAAGAUGGCAGUGAGACGGCUAAAUCUCCACCCAGCAGUCCAAGCAAGGACUCCAUUUUUAAAAGAGCAAAAGCAGUCUACUCGUUUAAUGGCAAAAAUCCGAAGGAGCUUACAGUGAACCAGGGUGAUGAGCUUAUGAUUUUAGACGACAGCCGGCAGUGGUGGUGUGUGAGGAAUUCAACUGGAGGUGUUGGCUUCGUUCCUAGUACCAUCUUCAAAAAAUCAGGUUCAAUUGGCUCGUCCAAUCAAAGUCUACUGUCUUCACGUUCGGCAACAACUGUUGCAUCUUCGCCAAUGCCAGUUCCAAACGGACAUAUUCGCCGCCACGACUCCUCUUCGUCCGACAAUUCCACCCCUGCCGUCUUCUCAAACCAUUCUUCAUCUUCUCAAGAGGUGCUCAUAUCCAAACUCAAUGCCAGUAAUGGUUCCAAUGAAGGAAAUAAUAAUUUCCAAAGUAUGAUCCAGAACCGAGCAACUGCUUUGAAGAAAGUUGAUUCAACAGACGGCAUGCAGAAAGCAAAACGAAUGUCCAGCACAGACCUGCUUAAUGAUGAACUAAAGAACAAAAUAUCAUCAAGUAUCCCUCUGAGUCCGACGUCUGUUCGUCCAGCCACUCAAGAAUCCGCUAUCAUUUUAAGCAAAGGUUCAACACCUUCUGACGUUCAAACCUGGAUGAAAUCAAAGAACUUUAGUUCUGAAGCCAUGAAUGCAGUGAAACAUUACAGCGCUGAGGAAUUGGGAGAUAUGGAAAGGAAUGUCAUGUUAAAUCUGGUCGGCGAUAAAGAAGGAAAGAAACUGUACACUCAGUUGACCAUCGAAAAAUCUGGCGAAUGUUGGCAUCAAAUUGUCGUUCAUCGCGGGGUUUCCGAACUGCAGGCUGUUAUGAAUCGACGGAAGAACAUCAGUGAAUCCGACAUUUCAGCGACAGUGGACGGCUCCCAGGGGAUCAAGAGCGCCGUCCGUGCUGCUCAGUCAGACCGCCAGGACACUUGGAUCGAGAAGAAACUGACCCGUCGACCGUCUCUGGAAAAUUUCCAAGACUACAACGAUUACAGCGAAUCACGCAGGAGAAACACGGGAGAGAAUAUGACCCGAAGUACGUCGUAUGAACUUCGAAAGAAACCCCCCGUGGAUACACCUGCCCCGCCGACUAAACCUAAACCCAAACCUCCUCCACCCGCUCCCAAGCCACGUAACUCCAGCUUGAGUUCUCCAGUUGCACCACCGCCACCUCAAUAUUCGGGCGCCCUACCCGCCCCUGUCGUGACGGCGAAUACUUCAAGUAACCAGAAUGUUGAUGAACUACUUCGAGAACACGAACGGCAACAAGAGUUACUGAAAGAACAACAAAGACAACUGGCGGAACUUAGAGCUCAACAACAACAGAAAGAACAAAUACAACAUUAUGAACAAAAUCGAGUUCGACUCGAACAGCAAGUCAAAGAUCAGGAAGCGAUGCUGAGACUUCUACAACAGCAACAACAACAACUACCACAACCACAAUUACAAUCUGCUCAAAUUCCCAUACAUCCCGGUGUAGCAGGCAUAGCGCCACAGGGAGCCUAUGUUUCGUAUGUACCAUAUCAGAUGCCUGGAAUGCCCGGAAUGCCCGCCACCUUACAACCCAUACCUGGUACCCAGCCUAUUUAUACCAUCCCACAAGUGUACGGUGCUAUCCCGCCCCCAGUCGGAUAUCAACCCAAGUGAGAGUUAUGCGAGAGUUUUCAGUUGUGCGAAAGUUUUCAAUGAAUGUCAAAGUAGCUUAUUUUUGUUGUGAUAGUGGAAGCACAACAAAGCAAAGUGGAAGGUUCGUGGGAACAGAAUGAAUACAAUGUCUAUAUUAUAUAUAUAAAUAAUAAAAGUAUUACAAAUAAAGUCAAAUAAUGAAGUAGAAUUUAGACGCAAGCCAGCAUACUGGUUUCUGGGUCCAGGCCAAUGUUAAUGUGGGAUUAGCAUUUUUGUGCUCGUUAUUUGUUAGACAAUAUUUAUGUGACGCGUUCAUAUAACAUCGAUUAAAGCAGAAAUGCCGGGUAGUAUUUUGCAAUUACCUGAGGGAUAAUAUAACAUAAUCAAUAUAUAUACAAGUAAAUAUAGUCAAAAACCUGCUUGUAUAGUUAGAUUGCAAAGGUCAGUCCGAAUUUUUCGCCAUAUGCAUCACGGUGGAUUUAAAAUAGACAUCCUUUUCAAAUUAUAUUUUUUUAAAGGCAAUGUCUCAGAAUUUCAGAUUUCGCCAUAAAUAACCUUGCCUUUGCACAGCUAGAUACAAGUUGAUUAAGUCGAUUUUGAAGAGGUAGUUUAUUUAUUGUUGUUAAUAAUAAUAUUUUGCGUACAAAUUAUAAGCCAUGAAAUCAAAAGUUUGGUUAUAUGAGUCAUGUCCAAAAGACAGUGUCUAUUUUCACUUCACUGUUAUAAUACAACAAACAUUGCUCUCGAUUAUUCUUCCCGCUACA